UGUUAGGAUUACAGGCGUGAGCCACCACGCCUGGCCAAAAUGCGACCUGUUGAAUUCUUUACAUUACCUUGGAGAAAGAUAUCUAUGAAACUAUGGAUAAUACAAAAACUCUGCUUGAUAUUAAAGAGUACCCUGAUACUGAGGUACAGAAAAACCAAGGACUAACUCUGGAAGAAUGGCAAGACAAGUGGGUGAACCGCAAAAUUGCAUUUCAUCAAGAACAAGGACAUCAGCUAUUAAAGAAGUACUUGGAUACUUUUCUUAAAGGCGAGAGUGGACUGAGGGUAUUUUUUCCUCUUUGCGGAAAAGCAGUUGAGAUGAAAUGGUUUGCAGACCUGGGACACAGUGUAGUUGGUGUGGAAAUCAGUGAACUUGGGAUACGAGAAUUUUUUACAGAGCAGAAUCUUUCUUACUCGGAAGAACCUAUCACAGAAAUUCCUGGAGCCAAAAUAUUUAAGAGUUCUUCAGGGAACAUUUCAUUGUACUGUUGCAGCAUUUUUGAUCUUCCCAGAACGAAUAUUGGCAAAUUUGACAGGAUUUGGGAUAGAGGAGCAUUAGUUGCCAUUAAUCCUGGUGAUCGUGAAUGCUACGCAGAUAUAAUGUCGUCCCUCCUGAGAAAAGGGUUUCGGUACCUCCUGGCUGUUAUGUCUUAUGAUCCGACUAAACAUCCAGGCCCACCGUUUUAUGUUCCAGAUGCUGAAAUUAAAAGGUUGUUUGGUACAAUAUGCGAUAUUCAUUGUCUGGAGAAGGUUGACGUUUUUGAAGAACGACAUACAAGUUGGGGAAUUGACUAUAUUUUUGAAGAGUUAUAUCUACUUACAGAAAAAUAAAUGAGAUAUAAAUAAAAUCAAGUAGCAUUAA